AUGAAUAGAAUAAUAGAAUGAAAGCACAAGAUGUCAGUUUCUACUCGUUAGAAGGUGAUCGCCAUUCGCCACAUAAAAAAUGACUGUAUUUUCUAACAUGCACAGUGUAUGUGUCGUGCUGAUAGCGAAGGAAAGAAUGAAUGUCUCGUACUCGUCGGCUGCCCGUGGAAAUGUUUAGCCAUUGUCGAGGGGAGAGACAUGACUGCUGAGAUACUGCUGAGAUACCUAUUGGCCAGCAGGUAGUGUGUUCUUUUCUGACGGAUCGGAAAAUCUCGGUGGUUUUGUGAUGUUCGUCCGUGUGUGUUUGUGUACAUCGAUGUGGAGGGAGCAGAGUUUUGCCCGUUUCCUCGUUGACGGCGUAGGAUUUUUUGCGCCUGGACGUGUUAUCAUGUAGUUCAGCAGAGUACUUUCGCUGACGCGUAUCGUAAUAAAAAUACAGUUAUUGUUGAAAUUGCAUUGUUUGCGAGAUCUUUGGAUUACAACAGUCAACAGUGAAGUGAGGCGGGUCGGGUCCUAUAAGUUAUUUAAUCAUGCCAUGCGAAGUGCCCUGAAUCGCUUGGAACAGGUUGUGUCGUGAGUCGUCGCGAGUCGUCGCGUGUGUGCCAAUUUCGCGUUGUUAUUGAGGGUCCAGGAGGAGCUGCACCGGGUAGCAAGAUGGCGGGGUCCCUAACGUGGUCGUGUACUUGUUGCCUGCGGUUCAAGUUCAGCCCCGAGGAGAUCGAGCAGCGGUACAAGAGCCAGGAAAUAGAUCGCAUGCUGGAGAAGGAUCGGCAGGCCUUCCGCAGGCAGGUCAAGUUGCUGCUCCUCGGGGCCGGGGAGAGUGGCAAGUCCACCUUCCUCAAGCAAAUGCGGAUUAUUCACGGGAUCAAAUUCGAGCCUGAACUUAUAAAAGAGUAUCAACACAUUAUUUAUCAAAACAUUAUCAAAGGAAUGAAGGUUUUGGUAGAUGCUCGUGAUAAAUUAAACAUCCCUUGGGAAAAUGCAAAGAACUACGAUAUCGGUUAUCAAUUGCUGAAGUUUGAAAACACAAUGAUUCUAGAUGCCAGAUUAUUUCUUCACUACGUACCAUCUUUGCAGAGCCUCUGGAAAGACAGUUCUAUUAGACGGGCAUUUGACAGACGAAGAGAAUUUCAGCUGAGCGACUCCGUACAAUACUUUCUGGAUAACCUAGACAGGAUUGCUCGAGUGGAGUAUACACCCACUCACCAGGAUAUUUUGCACUGUAGAAAGGCAACUAAAGGAAUAUCAGAAUUUGUUGUGCCCAUCAAUAACAUCCCAUUUCUAUUCGUUGAUGUUGGAGGUCAAAGGUCUCAGAGACAAAAGUGGUAUCAAUGUUUCGAUUGCGUAACAUCGAUAUUGUUUCUUGUCUCUUCAUCAGAGUUUGAUCAAGUUCUACUCGAAGACAGGCGGACCAACAGACUUGAGGAAUCUAGGAACAUAUUUGACACGAUUGUUAACAAUAUGAUUUUUGGCAACGUCUCAAUUAUUUUGUUUCUGAACAAAACGGAUCUUCUUGACAAAAAAGUGAGAUCACCGGAUACCGACGUUCACUGGUAUUUUCCACAAUUCAAGGGUGAUUCACAUUCCAUGAAAGACGUGCAGAGCUUCAUAUUGGACAUGUUUGUGUCGGUGAAAAGGGACCCAAGGAAGCCACUCUUCCAUCAUUUCACAACCGCAGUCGACACGGAGAACAUUAAAGUGGUUUUCAAUGCAGUGAAGGAUACAAUUCUCCAUCGUAAUCUGCAAUCACUCAUGCUGCAGUAAUGCUGACUCUCGUGGAUCGGUCAAGCCUGCCAUCCAAUUAACUGUCAAAGAACACUGCGAGGAGGCAUUUUGUAAUUCUUUACAAACACCACAAUACUGAUUAGUAGGUAACUUAAUAAGACAAUAUAUUUAACAAUUUUAUAAAAUAAGAAUCUUACCUCCUUAAAUGUUGAAUUUUCUCACAGCCGUUUAGGGAGGUAGCAUACUGCCUAUAAAAUGUGUAGACUGAAAAAUUUGAGUUUUUACACUCAAGAAAUAUUCUUCUAUUCUUUUUUGAUGCCAUUGAUUGGUGGAAAUUUGUGCUUAGAGAUUUAUUAGUGAAAAAUAUGUCGAACGGACAAAUGUCUUUAAAUUGUCAUUGUCAUUGGCAUUGUAUUAAAAUUACAUUACAAAAAGUGUUAUAAUUAAUAUAUAUUGCUGUCAAUAUAUAUUAAAACUUUCGUUUCGAAAGUACUUUACUGUUGAGACUUUGUACUGUAGUUUUAAUAGAUUUUGAACAUUUAAAGUAAUGGCAAAGUUAAAUGCGGCGCGGCAAAUUGGCCGCAUUUCAUUAUAAAAUGUAAAUAGUCAUUUGUAUUUUACUUUACACGUUGUCAAUAAUUUUUGAUAAAGAAUUUAUACACGUAUUUAUGCUUGUAAGAAUUAAACCUUAUUAAAAGAAGAAGAAGAAGAAGAAGAAGAAGAAGCGUUGCUUGGAUUCAUUUUGUAUGAUAAAUAUUUAAUCCGCGUGAAUAAAUAGACGGGCCAAUGGUUCGAAGAAAAUCUGCAAAUACAUAAUUUAUUUCUUACUUAAGGCUUUGUCUUUGUUAACUAUUGCUACGUAACAAAGAAACCAAAUACUAGAUCCAUGCCAUAAAACCAAAUGAAACUAACCAGUUUGUGUUCAACUUCUAAUGAACAAAACUUUAUUCCAGCGAUUUAAACUCUUACUUUUCUCUCCCUCAAACUACGGCUUCUUUUUAAAUGCUACGCAAGUUUUCCUUUAAUUUCUUAUCAAAAUAUGUAUAUUAAAAUAGCAGCUCAAUAUUUGAGUAUAGUAAUAUUUAAGUUCUUCCAAUAGGUAAACGUGCCAUGGAAAAAAGUCUAAAGACUUUCAAUUUCUGUCAGGAAUUAAAAGUGUGAAAUUAAUUAUAAAUAUUUGUAAAUAUUCCCACGUUACAUACAUGUAAUUUAUUAUUAGAAAUUAUUUCGUCUUUCUUUUAAAAUAAUCGUGUUUCAUUAAGAUUCAUUUUUUCUUCAAUAUUCAUUUAUCCAAACAAGUUGUUGCCUAACAAUUUUUUUCCAAUGCGUAAUAAAAAAUAUUUCAUUAAGAUUCGAAAAUGGGCAAAAAGAAAAAAAUAUUAUUUGAAUAUUAGAAAAGAAUUAAAUUUCUAUAUACAGAGUCUGAUAAUAAUUUUGUCUCUCGAACGAUUCAAAUAAAAAUUAUUUAAUUCGGUGCAUGUUGCGUUUUGUUCUUUUAAAAAAUUAUUAUUGUUUUAAAUAAGAAUUUGAAAAAUUUCAAACAGUAUUUAUUACUGUAAAUGACGAAAAAAAAAGUUUUAAAAUUUCUCUUAAAGUGAUGAGGGAUUUUACAAAUAAUUAGCUUAUAAAAAUGUAAUUUAUUCCAAUUUGCAAAAACUAAUCCUAAUAGGUAGAACUUGAAAUAUUAAAAUGUUAUUUCAGUCCAACAGGCUUUUCUUUGCAAUUUUUAAUGAUGAUAUAACUUUUUUCCACUAAUAUCUCUUUUUGAAAAGUAUAAUUUUCAAUUUUUAACAAAAGUACACUACUUUUUAAUGCAUGAACAUAAAAAUUUUAAAAAAAUUCAUCAUUUUGAUUUUUUUCUGAAUCAAUAAUAUUUGGUAUUUCAAGUUAUAUCCAUAGAGAUUAAAUUUUGUAUAAUUUUUUACACUUCAGUUUUGUUUUAGUCAAUUUGUAUAUAAUUAAUGAAAAUUUUAAACUUUUUAAUGACUUAAUAUUGUGAAAAAAUUAGAGACGUUCAAGAAGCUCUAAAAAAUUCUAUCCGUUCCGAAUCAGGCUUUAAUUCUAAAUCCUCUAUUUCGUAUGUCUUGUGUUCUACGAACAAAAAUAUAUUUGAAACUACUCUGAUAUCAAAAAUUAAAAAAAAAUUAUAAAUAUAAAUUACAAUCAAUUUUGCUCUAUGAAAUUGUGUGUAAUAUAUAUAUACUUUUUUAAGUAGAAUCAUUAUUUUUUAUAAUUUGUAUGGAAACUAAUUAAAAAUUAGCAUAAUUUUUUAUUGUAGGACAAAAUUUCCAAUCCAAAAGUUCUAAUUAUCAAAAUAAUUCCAGUAGGGGAGAGGUACGCACGUUGAGACGGCUUCUGUUUUUCAGUUAUAAUUUUUAAAAAACAAAAUUUAGCGAAAAAUUCGAAAUGCUUUCUUAAAAGUAUCAUCCAGGGCUACAACAUUGCCAAAGAAAGUUAUUUUUUUUGGACAAAAUUGAAAAAUUUAUAGCUGAUUUUUUAAACAUGUUAUUUUUGACCAAAAAAAAAGUGGUACGCACGUUGAGACACCCAUAGUAAUUUAUUUUAAAUUGA